GUAUCAUCUGAGCAUGAACGGCGCGGCGCCCUGCAGAUGAGAGAAUCCAUUCAUCCUUCCCCAGCCAUGCCGUGUCACGGUCGUACAGUAGCUGUUGUGACUGGAUGACUUACAUGAGAGUAUCCUCCUAUCCACCACUCUCGGCUUCGAAUUAUCAGAUUAUCAAAGUUGUGCUUCCCUUGUGGUUCCCAUGCUCCCAGGCUUCUUCAUGCUCGUGGCCAGCCGCUGGCCGCAUGUUCACGGGCCAUGAUGGAGCUAGAGCAUGUUCGCCAUGCGAAGAAUGGACCAAGAGAAAAAGUCCACCAGAGUGGCGCGUACCAAACCGAAACCUUUUGGAUCCGGGCUAUCAUAGCUGCAUAGCUAUCCCUUCCCUGCAGGAGUUUUCAGCAGUCAAAACUUUUCCCGGUUUCUCCAAAAGCUUCCGAGCCUCAUCUCGUUCAUGUACAAGCUACAUAAUACAACUUACCAUCUUCCUCCUGUGUGAUUCUUUACAAUAUCUCACUCACAUAUUUGGUGUAAUAAGGAUCCAUGCAGCAAGGAAUCAUCCUUCCUGCCUCAUCAAGGCCCAGCCCGUUCUUCCGCCGUCCAUCAUCAUCUCUCUUCGGCUUGGCAACCGAACCAAGGCACCACUCAGAGAAGGCGGACCGAUACAUUUCGGCACCUACAUUUCACACACGGCCGGGGACCAUUUCAUGUGGGCCCUCCCCGACAAUACCUAUAUCGGAUCAUGAGAAUGCCCGCGGGCAGAACCCAGUGACCGGGACUGUGAAAGAAAAGAAAAGCCCUACAACUAUUGCUUGGGACUUGCAUUCCGUAUACUUUCCUUCACGCUCAAACUGUACCAUUUGUCAGCUUCCAGAACGAACGGUCUACACCUCUGUGGCCUGCACCUGGGAAUCAUGGCCACUUCACUGAUCUACUUAUACGUGUACAAGUAGUGUAACGUACCUUUUUGUCCGUU